AUGCAUAAUCUGAAUCUUCUCGUCGAUCUUACGGAAGAAAACAUUCGAAGAAAUGACAGCCAACUAAAGUCGAUCAAGGAUCGAACUACUGCUCUUGGAUAUGAUCUCGAGCAGGCCAAGGUGAUUCUUGAGACUGAAACAAAGGAAUAUGACCGAAUUAAGGAAGUCUUCGAUAUUAUAGAAAAUUUCUCAAAACGCACGGGUGACGAUCUUCCCUCCAUGAAUGAAUGUCAGCAACUUUUCGUCAAGUUGCGAUCAGAGUACAAGGAAGAGUACCAGUUAUUCGACAUCGAAGCGUUGGCCAUCCCUCUCGUACUCCCUCAGAUUCUCGAUUAUUUCUCAAAGUGGAAACCACUCGAUCCUGAGCACCUCAUAUAUGGCGUCGAUCUUAUGAAAGAAUGGAGAGACAUUCUUGUGGAUAAAGAGAGCACCUCGAUGUUCACAGAUCGGCUCACUGCUUACGAUCGCCUGUUAUGGGAUGGUUGGCUCCCAUCACUACGGCGCGCUUCGUUAACUUGGGACCCGCGAGAUCGCAUGGAACCAAUGCUACGCAUAAUUGAGAUGUGGCUACCGGUUCUCCCAGGUUGGAUGAAGGAAAACAUACUUGAACAGGUGAUAAUACCACGCAUAGAAGACCGCGUUUCGUCAUGGGAUCCAUUGACGGAUAGUGUCCCCAUUCAUUCAUGGCUUGUUCCUUGGUUGGCGGUUCUAGGAGAUCGUCUACAGCCCGUUUUGUCACCUAUUAGGCAAAAACUGGCUAAGGCACUUCGGUUAUGGAACCCAACGGAUCACAGUGCAAUGGCUAUUCUUAAACCUUGGUGUGGAGUAUGGACACCGGCAACGAUGUCGGCCUUUUUAGCGCAAAAUGUCGUACCAAAGCUCGAAAAGUGUCUCGAUACAAUGAAUCUGAAUCCACGAGAAAAUAAAAAAUGUGAGGAAUGGUAUUCUUGUAUGUCGUGGAUUGGAAUGGUCUCAGCAGACACGAUGGCCAGCAUUGUUACAAAAUAUUUCUUCCCAAGAGUGAGUUUUUUGCCGCACUUGACAGGAAACUUGACAGCGAAAUAUUGUGGGUGA